AUGUUUACUAUCUCUAUAUCUAAUCUCAAUAGUUCUGGAUUUGUUCUCACUGGCUUUACUGGCCUAGCAGUUGACUACCUCUGGGUCUCUAUCCCCUUCUUCCUCAUCUAUACCGUGGUGUUCCUCGGAAACUGCAUGGUUCUCCAUGUGAUCCGGACUGAGCCAAGCCUCCAUGAGCCCAUGUUCUACUUCCUGGCUGUGCUGGCCUUCACUGAUCUGUCCAUGGGGCUGUCCACAGUCCACACAGUGCUGGGGGUCCUGUGGAAGUUCAUUGAAGAGAUCAAUCUGGAUUCCUGCAUUGCCCAGUCCUACUUCAUCCAUGGUCUGUCCUUAAUGGAAUCCUCAGUUCUCCUGGCUAUGGCCUUUGACCGCUACAUCGCCAUCUGCAACCCUCUACGCUAUUCCUCCAUCCUAACCAAUGACAACAUUAGGGCAACUGGGGUAAUAAUUUUAUGUAGGAGUUUUUUACUCAUACCUCCAGCUAUCAUCCGCCUGAAGUUUUUAAACUACUGCCGUCCUCAUAUCCUCUCUCACUCCUUUUGUCUCCAUCAAGACUUACUCCGAAUGGCCUGCUCAGACAUCCGCUUCAAUAGCAUCUAUGCUCUGGCUCUGGUGAUCAGCACCCUGCUGUUGGAUGCAGUGCUCAUCCUAAUCUCCUACAUCCUGAUCUUGCACACAGUUUUAGCCAUUGCAUCCAGGGAGGAGAGAAUCAAGUCCUUGCAAACUUGUGUGUCUCACAUCUGUGCUGUUUUGGUGUUCUACAUCCCCAUCAUUGGUCUGACCAUGGUGCAUCGCUUUGGAAAACACCUCUCCCCACUGGUUCACAUUCUCAUGGGCAACAUCUAUAUCCUUUUUCCACCCUUGAUGAACCCCAUCAUUUAUAGUAUCAAGACCCAACAAAUCCGAAGGAGAGUCCAGAGAUUGUUCUUUCUGAAGGAAUCUUAG